CAAAUGAGAGUCAGUUGAGAAAAGGAAUUUCUAUUUCUCUUUGUCAUGUGAGGGCUCAUUUAAAAAUCUCUGUUGCUGAGAUGUUUGUUGCAAGUAAGUCAUGAAGAGGACUCUCAUUAAAAAGGAUCAUGGGAAUCAAUGCAUCAUCUACUUUCUGCUGCUUUGAUGGAUUGACUCUUCCAAAAGGCAGACCAUAAAAGGCCAGUGCUGCAUGCAACCUAGUCAAAGGGGAAGACAGGCCAGCAGGGCUUCGGCCCUCCCCCACUCCUCCUCUUACUCAUAACUCAUGAUGGCUGUGGGUGAGGCCCUGGAGCAUGUGAGGAUCACUCUCCUGUGGCUCUGGCUGGGCGUAUUUCUCUUCCUUUCUGGAUGGCUCCAGACUGGACACUCCCAAUACUCCAGCCCCCCUGAAGUCGUGAUUCCUUUGAGGGUCACUAGCACUGGUAGAGGCAUGAGUACUCCAGGCUGGCUCUCCUACAGCCUGCACUUUGGAGGUCAGAGACACAUCAUCCACAUGAAGGCCAAGAAGCUCUUGGUGUCCAAACACCUCCCUGUGUUCACUUAUGCUGACCAGGGUGACCUUCUUGAGGAUCAUCCUUUUGUCCCAGAUGACUGCUACUAUCAUGGGUACGUGGAAAGUGACCCAGAAUCCCUGGUUGCUCUUAACACCUGUUCUGGGAGCUUUCAUGGGACACUACAGAUAAAUGGCAUUGCUUAUGAAAUCAAGCCCAAAAGCCCUUCUGUCACAUUUGAACAUUUGGUUUAUAGAAUGGCCAGUGAGGAGACACAAUCCCCACGCAUGAGAUGUGGAUUAUCAGAUGAAGAAAUAGCGCGGCAGUUGAAACUUCAAAUGAGUGAUGAUUCCAUUCUGAUGCAAAGUGGAUAUGAGGGCUGGUGGACGCACCGAAUGUUUAUUGAUCUGGGAUUGGUGGUAGACCAUAGACGAUAUGUUUUUCUAGAAAGAAACAACUCAAAUGUGAUAAAAGAUGUUUUAAACAUACUGAAUGAAAUGAAUCUUCUUUUAAAUGGACUGGAUGUUGACGGGGUUCUAACUGGACUUGACAUCUGGGAUCAGGAUGACCUUGUGACAGUAGAUAACAACAUGGUUACGGUCCUGGAGGAAUUUCGCAAGUGGAAGACACAGAACUUUAACAUGCGCGUAAAAAAUGAUAUUGGACAUCUUCUUUCACACCAAUAUUAUGGUGGGUUUCUGGGCUUAGCUUAUGUGGGAGUUAUGUGUAACAGCCAUUAUAACUGUGGAGUUGACAGUGUUGUGGGAAGGAGUCUGAAGUCCAUCGCACAUACUCUGGCCCAUGAGAUAGGACAUAAUUUGGGUAUGAAGCAUGAUGAACAAGUCCAACCAUGUAAAUGUGAGGGCAGAGCAUGUAUCAUGGCUGAAGCUGACAAUAAUUCCAACAAAUUCAGCAAUUGCAGUUAUAGUGUUGUCUGGUCAACCACUAAAUCAUCGAAGUGUAUGCACAAUGUACCAGUAGCAGUGAACUUAACUCCGCUGUCACCACAACGGAUGUUCUGUGGGAAUGGUGUGGUGGAAGAAGGAGAGGAGUGUGACUGUGGAUCCUUACAGUUGUGUACAGAAGAUCCAUGUUGUUUGACAAACUGCACUCUAAUAUUUGGAGCUCAAUGUGCUUUUGGGCUUUGUUGCAAAAAUUGCACGUUUAUGCCAUCAGGCAGUGUGUGUCGAGAAAAGAAUGAUGAAUGUGAUCUUCCUGAGUGGUGCAAUGGAACUUCACACGAAUGUCCAAAAGAUGUGUAUGUGCUGAAUGGAAUGCCUUGCACAGGCAAUGGCCACUGCUAUGAAAAACAGUGUAUCAGCCGUGAUGAACAGUGCAGGCAAAUUUUUGGAAAGGAUUCCAGGAGUGCAAAUCAGACUUGUUACAGGGAAAUAAACAACCGAGGUGACCGUUUUGGUAAUUGUGGCAUUAGCAGUGGUUCAUAUGUGAGAUGUAAGGCCAAUGAUAUUCUCUGUGGGAGAGUUCAGUGUGAGAAUGUGACAGAGAUUCCCUCUUUGAGUAAUCAUAGAACUGUACACUGUGUUCAAGUCAGAGAUAGUAUCUGCUGGGGUACUGAUUACCAUGUUGGGAUGACCAUGCCUGAUAUGGGUGAUGUGAAAGACGGCACAGAGUGUGGUAACAAAACUAUGUGCAUCAACAGGAGGUGUGUUCCUAUGCCACUUUGGACAAGUGAUUGUUCAGUUGAGACCUGCAAUAUGUCAGGGAUCUGCAACAAUAAAAAUCAUUGCCAUUGUGAUUAUGGGUGGGACCCACCUAACUGCACAAUAGUAGGCUACGGAGGUAGUGUUGAUAGCGGUCCGCCUCCUGUUCCACCUCCUAUCCAUCCUCCCAAGAAGCGCAAGAAUUACUGGUUUUUAUUGUUUUUAAUUUUUUUAAUUGCUUUGUUUCCCUGCUUGUUAGGAUUUUUAUGGAAGAACAAAAAAGCAACUAAUAAACCAGAGAACAAUGUUGAAACUUCACCCUAGAAAAAAACACAGUGAUUAAACUUCAGUUCAGACAGGAGGGCUCAAGGUUAAACUUCACCUGAAACAGAGCAAAAUUUUACAAUUUCAGAAAAUAACCCCAAAUCUUAAAGGAAUUUCCUAUGUAUUGCCCCAGCUGUAGAAAUGUUAUUGUACGUGUCUUAAAUACUCACUUACAGAAAGUUUUGGAGAUCUAUUAUGUUGCAGGACCACAAGCGUUCACCAUUAAAUAAAGGCAAUU